ACACUACCCGAAAUCUUCUCUCAUCUCCGAAAUGCUUUGUACGAGCUUUCUUCUUCUUAAACCCAGUAGUGGUUUUGAUUGUGAGCCUACUGAUGGCUAUAUUCCAACCUCAUUGUUGAGGAUUUCUCAUGGUGCCAACCUGGAAGGAAGCAAGAGUUAUUACAUUUCACCAUCUGACCAAGUUAAAGGACUAGGGGCAGAUGAAAGGGCAUUCAAGAAGAGCAGUAGUGUGCUAGGAAGAGACUCCAGAUCUGGGAAAGGCUGCACGAAAUCUGUAAUCUACCACAACAUAAAGAGAUUUGGUUACCUGUGGAUAUGGAAGCCUCCAGACCGUCUGGUCAACCAACAUAUUAAAGGAACUACUGCUAUUGGGUAUCAAAGGGGGAAGGAAUUUAAGGAAGACAUAGAAUGGAACCCCAAACUUAACUACCAUCCAGAGAUUAAUGAGAUGGGAAGUGUCAACCUUGAGCCAAACGCUGUGAAGAUAUGGGUCAGUUCAAGGAGAUAUCGAAGCUCACUAACAGAGAGAAGGAUGAAUUCAAUGCUGGAAAAGAAAGAUACCAAACUCAGUUAUGGUGCAGCUAAGCCCUUUAUAAGAAGAUACAAAGAAUGGAGGGAUCCCUUACCUCGUCUUCUCCCAGAAACUAACUUUGAGCUAGCAAAAAAUCAGAUCUUAUUCCCACCUCUCAACUCCUACUACUUUUACAACAAAAAAUCAAUGGAGCUGAGUCUCAAUCUGAACCAGGGAAGCUCUAGCAGAGGGGGAAACCCUGUUCUGAAGCUCGCCGUGAAUGAUGAUAGUGGGAUCUCAAUGCUGGUGGGGAAGAUGAUGGCAGAAAAGUCUUUCAACUAUGCUACGAUAAAGGGAGCAGUGGACUACUCAUGGUCCAGAUUUGGGGAGAUCGACAUCAGGUACCUCAGAGAAAACAAAUUUGUUUUCUCUUUCCCAUCAGAGGCUAUCCGCGAGAGGGUGUGGAUGGAGAGGCCAUGGAUUUUAUCCAACACUUUGGUGGCUCUAAAGAAGUGGGAUGGAGGUAUAAAGCCAGAGGAGGUGGAGGUUGAUAGUAUGGCUAUAUGGGUGCAAAUUCAUGAUCUCCCUCAAAAAUUCAGAUCGGAGGAGAACCUCAAAGCGGUGGCUGGGUUUUUCUUUGGGAUGCACAAGUACGAUAAAUCAGGCAUCGAGUUUAAUGGCUGGAGAAGGUAUGUGCGAUUCUUGGUUGAAGUGGAACUUAAUGAGCCGAUCCCAGUGGGCUUCGACUGUCCUUGGGGAGAAAAGAAAGUGGAAGUUGUUUUCAAAUAUGAAAAGCUUGGAGAUCUAUGCUAUUAUUGUGGGAGGAUCAGCCACCAGAUGCAUUCAUGCCGCUGGAGAAACACAGAUAUGCUUAGAGGAGGCUCAGGGACCCCAUCUGGGAAGUAUAGUGCAGAUCUGAAGGCAAAUAGAGCAUCCCAGGCCUCACCUAUUGAGAAGAACAGGAAACACUCCCAAGAAGCUGUGUGCAGGCUAGGUAGCCCGCCGUCAGAUGGAGAAAGAAGAUCGGCGGAUUCUCAGGGUGGCGCGUGGAGUGGAGAUAGGGAAGCUUUUUCAUCCCCAACAACAACGAUCGUGGAGAGCAGGGCCCACCCACAGUCUUGUCCACCAGGGUUCUCUGAAGACAGGAGAAUAGUUUACACCCUAACGGUCACUGAAUUCUUCCCAGAAAUAACAACUCAGUCACAUGGCAAAGCUCUUAAUCCAAGAAGGCUAGAUUGUGAUUUGGAAAAGAUUGCAGUGGCUAUGGAGGCUAGGUUUGAUCUGAAUGAAAAAGCAGAGAAGGGGAAAGGUAUGGAAGUGGAGGGUGCUGGUAGAUUCCCCUUUGAGGCAAGGCCCAACUUGAUGGACCUCUUCCCUACUGAAGAUGAGAUGUUGGCCCAGGAUAUUUUUGAGGAAGGUAAUAAUAGACUUCAAAAGAAAAGAAAACCAGUUGGUAUGGUGAGCCUGGAGAAAUUUAUCUAUGGGAGGUGUUCUCCAUCAAAGGGCCAAGCCCGAACGACUGCUGCAAAUGAAAAAAGGAAGACAGUUUCUAAAGGGAAAAAGACAGGAGCUGGGAAAAGCAUGAGAGGCCAGCAUACAGGGGAGGAACAGGGGAGCAGGGUCCCAAUUUCAUAUGAGACUGAAGGCGGGUAUGAUGAAGACAAUCCCAAUGAGAUGGCAGCGGUGGUUCGCCAAAAGCCACCUUAUAUUGAAUGAGUAUCAUUAGCUGGAAUUGUAGGGGAUUCGGCCAAUCCCUUACAAGAAGUUACUUGAAACGACUUAACAAUCGUUUUGGCCCGUCAAUCUUUUUUCUCAUGGAAACAAGAAAAUUGGAGAGCUUCAUGGAGGAGAAAAGAAGAGAGACGAAUUUUGUUGAUGGCCACUAUGUUGACCCCGUGGAUAGAGCUAGGGCGUUAGCAAUUUGGUGGAAGCACGGAGUUAAUAUUACUAUCCUUGGUAGUAACAAGUAUUAUAUAGAUGUAGUAAUAGAUAAUGGUUGUAAGU